GCAUAGUGAGUCAGCAGCCGACAUUUCAUCCCAUGGAUACGCUGCGUGGUCGAGGGGAUACGGGUUUAGGAGGUCAACAGACGACAUUUCAUCCCUUAGCACAGCGUGAUCAAGCGGAUACGAGGUUGGACAUUCAGCAGACGACAUUUAAUCCCGACGAUGCACCACUUACACUGGAGAACAGAAAUAAACAUGCGUUACAUAAUCCAGUCGAUACCAUUCAUCUGACAGCCGUGCAGCACGAGAGGGUGCCUUGCAGCUUCCAGUUCCGGAGGAAAGUAUACGACGGCUCCCGGGCGGCACACGAUAGACGGUCCCCGUAUCCGUACGGAGAGUACCUCGACUUGACAAGAUCGGAGUACCGGCAAUCAAACCAACACAAGUAUCAGGUAAACAUCGCAACUGAAUUCCCUUUCGUAAGCGGCCUUUCGAACAUGGUCGGCGUACCGGAAACACCCACAGCCAUUUUCCGGCCGUUGACCCACAGGAUAUCGCCGCCUGGUACUGGCUACGAACCACCCGCUAGAUUUCACUUCAAUGGCGUAUAUCCAACGCUCCAUCACCCCGCUGCCGCCGCCCACCUGCAGCCACAUCCUACACAUUCAGUUUACCGGAACAGCUUUUCACACAAAGGCCGCUACGCAAACGUUAACCUUGUGACUCCCUUGUGGCCAAAAUAUGGUGGUGGACGCUCAGAACGCCCGGAACUGACAUAUCCUAGCAGCGCCGACGGCAACCACGAGCGACCGCGGAGCUUCGGCGAUCCGGCGGGAACUGCAUCGAGCGACAAGACAAGCGUCUCCUCUGCAGAGAUGAAGAGCGAGCGGACAGACGGCGGAUUGGAAACUGAGCCGAACGUGUUGUCCGAAAAGUCACGUGGCGAUAGUCAGACGGUGAGCUCUACGGUGACCGCUUCUCACCAAGAUUCCCGCGGGUCACCGCCUGCGCAACGUACGCCGUACCACCACCCGAGCACCGGAGCCGCGCCCGUCGGCUUCGGCUUCCGGUACACCUCAUGCGCGGAUGUCAACAUGAACAUGUACCCGCAUGCACAGAGAGCACCGGUGGAGCAAACGUACGAGGCGGCCGCCAAGUUGCUUUUCAUGUUCGUGCAAUGGACACACAACCAGGCCAAUCGUAAAACUCUAUCCGUUAGAAGUGCUAUGUGGAAGCGAAAUCGAGAGAAACUAGUGAUGAACAUUGUGAUGAAUACAUAUUUGAUACAAAGUGAACUUUGAUAGACAGUGCAAUCUUUACUGGGGUUUAUGUGAUUAAUUGAUACUUUGAGAGUAACUGAGAUAAUUAUUUUGACUAAUAACAUUUUGAUCAAACUCAUUGAUACAUGUUGCUUAACCAUUUUUGAGGCCCCCAGAAUGUCGCGGUUUUGGCGCGUUAACGUAACGUCGCGCCAAUUUAUGUAACGUUGUUUUAUAAGUAACGUCAUAUCCUAUUAUUAUGUUAUUGUUAGUUGAAUUAA